AUGAUUGAUGAAACUCAUUCCGAUGUUGAACCGGAAGUUGCGGCUUCUCAACGUCGAGCAAUGCCAUUUAUGAUUAUUUCUGGUAUUUUGACAGCCCUCGCUAUUUAUCUUGCACUUUACAACAAAUUACCGUGGACCAUUGGCGGACAUUCCAGCCUUCUUAAACGUAUUGUAUUCGCAUUACGAUUGUCAUUUGUUGAAAUUUUAUUCCUAAUAUUUAUGAUCUUAACUAUUGCAAGAAUACGAUCAUCAACAUUUGCCAUUGAUCCAACGGAUGCUCGAGGACAAUCCAUUGUUGAACAACCUCAACGUAUACUCCAAAAUACUCUUGAACAAUUCUUGGUCAAAUUUAUUCUUUCAAUCGUUCUUGCGACACUUUUACAUUCACGAGAAUUAAUUUUAUUGCCAGUACUUACCAUAUUAUUUUUGAUUGGUCGUAUCACAUUUGUCAUUGGUUAUCCUCGAAACCGAGCGUUUGGAAUGGUCAUGAAUUUGGUUAGUUCUGUAAUUAUAGGUUUAAUCAUCGUCUAUCGACUAUAUUAUACUGGAAUUAUGUCUGGUUUAAGUAUGAAGUGGAAAAGAAAUAAUUCAGUAUUUUGA